AUGUCUUCACGACAUAAUCGCCUUCGCGACGAUCAAAUCGUUAAUUAUCUUCUCACUGGUGAAGACAGUGAAGAUGGAAUGGAUUCUGGUGACGAUGAUGUAAUAGAUCCCAAUUUUGAACCAUUUGAAAAUGUUAUGUCUGACGAUGACGCCGAUACAGCAGGUAUUGACUUAAAUUCUAUUAUCAAUGAACUUGAAGAUAGCGAAACUAUUCCACAACCACCAGAUCCAGUACCAGAUCAGCAAGCAACAACAUCAGGCUCAAAUUCUAGAAAAAACAAAAGCAAGAGGGAACUGCAAUGGAAACUAAAGAAUCUUAUUCUAAACGACCAGCAAGUUAAGUUUUCGGGAAAUAGCACAUUGCCAUCUGAUUUAUUGGAACUAGAUACGCCUAUACAAUUCUUUCUCCAUUUGUUUCCUAAAGAAAUUAUGCAUCUUAUCGCUGAACAGACUAAUUUAUACAUCAUACAAAAAAAUCCUAACCAAUCUUUUUCCGUUACUGAAUCUGAUAUUCAAAAAUUUAUUGGAAUCGUUUUUCUCAUGUCUUUGAUAAAACUACCGAGAGUUACUAGUCACUGGAAUACAAACAUUGGGACAUCUUUGAUAUAUGAAACAAUGCCCAAAAAUAAAUUUGAAAAAAUACGCCAAUACAUUCACUUCAAUGAUAACUCCAACAUGCCUCAACGUAAUGCACCAGAUGCUGAUCGAUUAUAUAAAAUACGACCCAUUGUCGCUAAAUUGAAUGAAAGUUUUGGCAAGAUUAUCAAGGAGGAAUAUUUGUGCGUGGAUGAACAAAUUUGCUCUACAAAAGCCAGAAAUACUAUGAAGCGUUACAACCCGAAAAAGCCCCAUAAAUGGGGAUACAAAAUAUAUGUGCUUUGUGGAGUCACUGGGUUCGCUUACAAAUUCGAAAUAGAAACUGGAGCUGAAAAUAUUGUUCUCCCUGGAGAUAACUAUUUCACGUCUUUGUCAUUACUGGAGCAUUUGGCCAAGGAGGGAAUUUUGAGCCUUGGGACGCAAUAG